CCAAGUUGCUUUUCAUUAUUUGGCGAAUCGAUAAAUAAUUAUUGAUUUUCGCAAAGGCAGUUGUAUGGCGAAUUAGGCGUCAAAAUUAAGAAUUAAAUGAAAGCAUCAAAGGAGUAAAUUUAUUUAACAAAAACUUCAGAUUCCAAGAAAAAAUUUCAUCUUUAUUAUAUUCACUCGUUUCGGGUGAAAAUAAAUCUCGCUUUGAUCUUUCGCGUUCUGUAAUGGCAGAAUCACAAAACCGGCAGAUUCUUCAAGAUCUUCAGCAAAAACGACAGAUGCUUUUGAAUCAAGGGCAAGGUGUUAUAGGGUAAGUGUGGAAAAAAAAAGUUUUUUUUUAGUACUAGUAUUCUUCUGGUUAAAAUUUUAUAGUUUUUAUAGCAUAGGGAGCAAAGAUAAAAUGCAAAUUACGUUGUUGAAAUUCUGUGAUGUCAUCUUUUUUCCUCUCUAAGGCUGUUCACUGUUUCAUUGUCAGUAAUGAAAGAUCAAAAGUUUAGAACAUUUUAAGAAAUAUUUGAAAUGAUAUCUGAUAACUGAUGGUUAACGUUUUCCUAAGAAAUAUCGAUUUGUUUCCUCUGCCACUCCUGAAAGGGAAACUAGCACAUGAUAGGUAAAUAAAAGACACUUUCAAUUACCUUAGUGCAAAGAAAAUUUUACAUGCUAGAGGAACAUUGGCCUCCAGUCCUGCUUCAUUUUUCCUCUUUAUUUAUUUUUUGUAGGCUAGGUUGAUAUAAAGGGCAAUUUAUUGGUUGAUAUAUUGGCUGAAAAGCAAUCAGUUAUUUGUUCAGAGCUUGUCAAAUGUCAGGUGUUAGUGGGCCAGUAAUAAUGGAAUGAUAAACUCUUUACUGUAGAACAACACUUAACACUUAACCUACAGUUAAUAAUGGUGAUAGGACUGAGGGAGUUCAAUUUGGUCUGCGAUCAUACAAGUGAUAAUUAAAACAAAAUUGGAUGACUACAAAGCAGGAGUCCAAUUUGUUAAUCACGAGUAUGAUUACAGACAGAAUUAUAUGACAUGAAGUCCUGUUACCAAUUAAUCAAAACUAUGACAAAAUUUGAGGAAGAAACUAGACAUUGGUUAUAUGUUUUCAGAAGAAAAAAAACAAGAGUUAACCCUGCAAAAUGGUAGACAACACUGCAUGCUUAAAGGGCUAACCAAUGAUGGGUUAAUAGUCAAUAAAUAGGACAGACUCAGCUAUAUUGGCAAACUGUUAACCAAAUAUUGGCCACCACAUCAAUAUGACAAUCAACUGGCAUAUUUAGGGCGUGAAAUCCCUACCUGCUGAAAAUUGAGUUUUGGAGAUCAGAAUUUUAAUGCUAUAAACCAGCACAUGUGGAGCCUUGAAAACAUUUGGACAAUCUUCUGUACACUCUGCUGGUGUUUUAUCUUGAGUAGUGUUAGUUUCUAUCAAAUAUGGCCAACAAAUGAUAAUGACUGAAGACAAUCCUACCCCUGAAGGAUUCAGUGCCACCUAGAGAUUAUUUUAUUUUAAAAUUUAUUUUUUUCAAUUCCAGGUCAAAUCUCCCCUCGAACCGCUCAAUAGGACCAGAAACUUCCACUGCUCCAGUUGUAAAACUACAUGACACCCCAGUAAGUGCUCUGCCCAAUGCCAUUAAUUUUCAAAUGUAAAUUAAAUAAUGAACUCUAUGCUUUCAUUGACAGGUCAUUCGCAACCCAGCUGACAUGUCAUUGAGUCAGCGGCAGGCUCUUGAGGUAGGUAUAUACCUUUGCAAAGAAAAAAUAAUAUGAUUAUUUUCAGGGGGAGUGAGUCUCUCAAUGUUAAUAUUUUAAGCAAAUAUUACUGAGUGAUAUCAAGCACAAUAUUAAUAAAAUUAAUUGUUCUGAAUUCUUUUUUGCACAUAACUGGAUGUAAGUCCAUUAUUAAUAAUAUUUUUCCAAACUGAAGUCAAGUGUUAAGACCUUGUAUAGGCCUGUGUGGGGUCUUUGGCUGUGAAGUGAGUUGAUGCAAAGUGGGAUUAUGGUGAGGCAAAGACUGCCUUUUUUUUCAGCUGCUUUUUCACUUGUCUUCACUGACUGAUUGCAACAACCUGGAAUUGGCUAACUCUGCCUUCAAAAGUAAUGAAGACAAUGGAAUCACAACUUAGACCGCAAUAUAAUUAAGUUAUUCUUAAUCAUGAAUUCAAGACACAACAGUGCCUUUCUCUCAUGCAGACAACUACAAAUUCUUCAUUUUUUCAGUAAAAAAUUUUUCACAUUCAAGUUCUUGAUUGAGACAUUAGUAAUAGCAUUUUCUAUGUUAAAUGUCCUUCUCCAGACCCUCCAUUUUGACAAAACCAAACUUUCUUUUCUUUCCUCCAGCAUGCUAAUGCAACAUCAUCUGGAUAUUUCAUAUCUCAAGACUCAGCCCAUGGAAAUCUUAUUUUACCUGUUUUACCAAGAUUUGAGAGCGACCAAUGAUGAGAACAUGAAACUUUGGCAAAACGCAUGGAACUCAGUUGAAGUAUUGAUCUUAAGUGACUGACUUUCGAUGUAAAGUAGACACCAAGCUCUUUGUGGCAAGCUGGUGAAUGGGAAAACUUUAGAGUUUGUUGAAGAGAAAGAUCUUUCUGAUUAGCUCUGAAAUGUGCUCCAAUAUACUCUGCCUCCAUCCCUGUGCAUUUGCUUAUUUGGUUUCAGAGAUGAGAUGGCCUACAGUAGUCAUUCAGGAUAUAUGUACUUAAACAGUUCAUCAGUCCCUAUUACUCUAA